GGCAAACCACUAGCCCCCCUGCCGCAGGGUUACCUGUAUCCCUUGAUACUUGGGGGAGAACUGAGGACCCUGGAAGCACCCCACCCCUCUCCAGCACUCGCCGCCGCCUCCUCUAGUACCCCAAGGGGAAGGGAGCCCGAGGCAGAGGACCCGGCCGGGACGAGAUGAAGCUCAUUAUCCUGGAACACUAUUCACAGGCCAGCGAGUGGGCGGCCAAGUACAUUAGGAACCGCAUCAUCCAGUUUAAUCCAGGGCCUGACAAGUACUUCACCCUGGGGCUUCCCACCGGGAGCACACCACUUGGCUGCUACCAGAAGCUGAUUGAGUACUAUAAGAAUGGGGAUCUCUCCUUUAAAUAUGUGAAAACCUUCAACAUGGACGAGUAUGUGGGUCUUCCUCGAGAGCACCCAGAGAGCUAUCACUCCUUCAUGUGGAAUAAUUUCUUCAAGCACAUUGACAUCCACCCUGAAAACACCCACAUUCUGGAUGGGAACGCAGCUGACCUGCAGGCUGAGUGUGACGCCUUUGAGGACAAGAUCCAGGCUGCAGGCGGGAUCGAACUCUUUGUUGGAGGCAUUGGCCCGGAUGGACACAUUGCUUUCAAUGAGCCAGGCUCCAGUCUGGUGUCCAGGACCCGUGUGAAGACUCUGGCCAUGGACACCAUCCUGGCCAACGCUAGAUUCUUUGAUGGUGAUCUUGCCAAGGUGCCCACCAUGGCCCUGACGGUGGGUGUAGGCACUGUGAUGAAUGCUAGAGAGGUGAUGAUCCUCAUCACAGGUGCUCACAAGGCUUUUGCUCUGUACAAGGCCAUCGAGGAGGGCGUGAACCAUAUGUGGACUGUGUCCGCCUUCCAGCAGCACCCCCGAACCGUGUUUGUGUGCGAUGAGGAUGCCACCUUGGAGCUGAAAGUGAAGACGGUUAAGUAUUUCAAAGGUUUAAUGCUUGUUCAUAACAAGCUGGUGGACCCCCUGUACAGUAUCAAGGAGAAGGAAGUUGAGAAGAGCCAGGCUGCCAAGAAGCCAUACAGCGACUAGCUUGUGCCAAGCCACUGAGUACGUCUGAGGGACGCGAGCAGGUCUUUCUGGACAUUGUAAGAGAGUAGAACUAACUGGUUUCAGUCCGUAUGGCUGCGGCAGGUCCUUGGCUAGGCGCACACUGUCUGGGAGUUUAGCUAUGGGGAACUUUGUAGCCCAAGUUUCUCUGGUCCCGCCUGGCCCCGCAGUCCUGCAGCCGCUUAUAAAAUAAUUGUUCAGAGGCUUAAUGUUAAUUGCGAAUUAUGUGGCCUACAGGCCAGGCUUCUUGCUAGCUAGCUCUUAUAACUUAAUUCAACCCAUUUCUGUUAAUCUAUAUGCUGCCACGUGGCCAUGGAGUUACCGGUCUGCUGGCAUCUUGUUCCUCCUUCGUUGGCAGGCUGGCAUCUCCUAGGCUCCACCCUUCUUCUCUGGGCUUCAGUGUGAAUGCACUGCCUCGCCUUAUCCUGCCCUGCCUCACCUUAUCCUGCCCUGCCUCUGGGCCUAGAGUCUCCCAGGCACUUUUCCCUGUGUCCUGUAGAAGGUCUAGCAGUCUCUGUGAAGCAGGAACCUGAAGGACCAUUUCACCUUGUUUUGGCUAAAUUCAGUGAUCAUUUUCCUAUGGGCCCUGUAUGUCCAGUUUAUAC